UCAAACAUCUGCUGUUAUAUUUCCCGCUUUUAACAAAGAGCGGUUUUAAAAAAGAAUCAAAUGUUCGGUGAAGUACUUCGUACCUUCUCCUACUCUUGGCUGUAUCGAACUACAAUGAUACUAAAUUACGAUAAAUAAAUUUAACUGAUAUAAGACAUCAGAUACUGCUUUUUACAUUUCUGUACGUAGGUAGGUAUUGAUUGUUUACAACCUUCUCGACUCUUACAUAAGAAAAUAAACUCACAUCAUAUGCUCGGAUGGAUCUCGUGAAAUCGAUACUCCAACUUAUUGCCACUCGGCUGGCUAUCUGGGACCUUCAUGAUAUAUUUAAUAUGCAUCCUUUGCGGUCUCGCCACUCUCGGCCGCCAAUCAACACGGAGGCUACGUAUGCAUAAAUAGAUCGUUGCCAUGGUAACGCCCCGUUCGCUUAAUAAACACGCUUCGCUUGAUGUCGCCAUGACAAUGACUUUCAUUCCAUAAUUGACAGCCGACGUGAUAACACAAAAUGUUCUGGGGUAUCAGUCCAGCUAUUGAUUUGCAAGAAGUGUAUUUGAAAUACGGCGACAAGAAUGCCUACGAACUCAACUUCCUCGUCAUCGGAGGCUGCGACGGCCGCCACCUCCUCAAGACGUUGGCGCAAGCGUACCGCCACGAGCGACGGUACAUGAACCUGUUUGUGGUCGACGGGUGCCCCGAGGUGAUAGCGCGACAACUUCUCUUGACCUCCCUUGCAUUAGAGAAGACAACGAGAUGUGGUCUCUUAGAAAAAACUCGACGCUACUUGGAAGUUUACGGAAAUUUGUUGCUACGUCCUUCCACAUCGAGGUAUUUAAUCGCCAAAGCUCGCCAAUUAGUCGGCAUGAUUACCAACCCGGAUUACAUGAACUGUCUGCUGCCGUGCGUUUCAGUGGAACAGAUGAAGUAUCGUGAACGUGAUUAUAUGGAGAAUCUCUUGAAUUUCUGGACAACGGGCAAUACUAACCAGUUCAAUGCUUGUGAGCUUUGGGAACAUCGCCUGAGACACAGUCUGGGAAUGAGAUAUGACUGCAGGAUGGGAGUGUUCGACUGGGAUUAUCAUAUGCGUAUGAAGGAGAUCGGAAGCCAGAUAUGUUAUCCGGAAUACAAACACUUUCGGGAACACGGCGUAGCGUUCACGUGGCUGGAGACCGAAGUGUGCCGCCCAAAUGUAAGUCUCGCAGCUGGAGUUUACAAGUGCGGUGACCGAUAUCUCCACAGAGGAUAUUUGGGUGAUAUAGUAUCAUCGCCCUACAUAGGGUAUGGUCUAAACUGCGAGGACCAAGAUAUGUUGAAGUUAUCACAUGGUGUCAACCACAAACGCGCGACGGAUAUCGCGGAAAGGAAUGUAAUGAGGAUGCUAUAUGAGCUAGAAAAUCGUCAAGACUUCGAUGCAAAUGCAUUGAAUUUAGAAACGGAAAAGAAUUUGGGUAUGGUUGUGCUAGCUCAGAUCGACGCUAAGAUAUCCGAGAGCGGGCCAGAAGCACCUUUACUGCUACGCGAGGAUCGUGAUACAUAUAUUAAUGUGGAUUAUGGUAAAGUGCAUUUUUUGUCUCUGUCAGCGUUAGAGCAUUAUCCGCAUAAGCCGCAGUUCCAGGGUCUGUUUCACGGUGUGUUUCUGGGCCACAACAUGCUGGGCCGUGUGAAGCCGAGCGUGUGGUCGAUGGCGCGCGAUGACGCGGUGGUCUUCAUGGAGUCCAGGAAGUACAUGGUGGAGCAGAAGAGGGAGGAUGUGAAGGCCUUCGGUGAUCAGAUACAGCAGGCCGCGACAGCCGCACAGUGUGAAAAGAUUUCUACUUUCGAUCCAGAGAAGGAUGAUUUUGCGAAGUUCUUGAUUAAAAGACGAAGCGAGAGCUUCGAUCUUUCUUAAGAAGUAAUAAUUAAAUCUUAAUUCAAGCUACAUACAUUAUUCAUUCACAUUUAUAUUUAUAAUGGUCUUUGAACCGUAAUUGUGAACUUAGUCUAGUCUUAUUAAAUAAAUUAUUCUCAUUAAAAUUUGCUUUCCAUUUAUCUAUCUAAUUAUUUUUGUGAAUUUUUUAUUUGAACGGGGACAUAGUUUCGGCCCCUUGUUUCAAUGAUAGCACUGUGUAUACAUCUCAUUUAUUUGCUUGAUUUAGAAGAGUUAUGUAUGUACUUACCAUGAUUCGUUCUGUACUUACCAUCCACAUUGUAUAUUCCAAGUAAGUCAUCAUUUGGAUCAGGUAGUCGUAAUUCCGCAGCGGCUCUCCGGAUUGUGUGUUUUCCUCAAAAAAGUCUAUAAGACUUGA